AUCAGCGUCAGAUUACUGGUGCAUUCGAAGUGCUUCUCAUCAUCACCGUUCUUUGGCGUGUUAGCCAUCCGAAGCCAGAUUGACCACAAUACACUCUCACAAGAAUGUCGAGGCUUCCGAUUGUCAUCGUGGGUGCGGGUGUUGUUGGCCUCGUCCUUGCACAGGCGCUGAAGAGAGAAGGUAUUCAAUUUCUUAUCUUUGACAGAGAUGAGCACAUCGAAUCUCGUAGUCACGGGUGGGGCAUCACGAUUCAUUGGGCCCUGCCUGCCCUUAAGAAGUGCCUGCCAGCAGAGCUCUUCGAUCGUUUGAAAACGAUCCAAGUAGAUCCAGAACAAGGAAGAAACGACACUGGCCAGUUCCUAUUCUUGAACCUCGCCAAUGCAGAACCGGUCUUUCAGAUCCCUCCAGCUCCCCGCCUCCGUAUUCACAGGGAGAAAUUCAGAAAGCUACUCCUUGACGGCAUUGAUGUUCGAUGGAGUAAGAAGUUUGUCGAUUUCGAGGUCAGGGAGAAUUUCGUGGUAGUCAAAUUCGAGGAUGAAUCAAAGGUGGAAGGAAAUCUGCUUAUCGGGUGUGAUGGAGCAACAUCGAGGGUGCGAAGAACCCUUUGUCCAGACACUGGUGCAUUGAGCCAAUUGCCUGUUCGCUUCCUGGGAGUAACUUUGAAAUUGCUUGCCAAAGAUAUGGAGCCUCUGCGAGCCAUUGAUCCACUACUAUUCCAAGGAUGUCACCCGGAGACGGGUAAUUACAUGUGGUUUGCAACUCUGGACACCCCCGAAGUAAACAAAUCGCAAGGAGCUGAGCAGUAUUAUUCUGCUCAGCUCAAUAUAUCAUGGUCUGUCCGCAGCCCAGCUGAUGAAGUCCCUGCCACAAAUGAGGAGAAGCUGAAGAGGAUGAAGUUCUUGGCUAACGACUUCUAGGAGAGGUUAAGAGUUGCUGUACACAAUAUUCCCGAAGAUACGGAAGUCACCGAAGUCAAACUCGCAGAGUGGCCUUGUCUGGAAUGGCCAAACUCAGACGGGAAAGUUACUUUACUUGGGGAUGCUGCCCAUGCGAUGACAAUGUAUCGAGGAGAAGCAGCAAAUCACGGCAUCACGGACGUACAGCUGCUGUGUGGUUACUUGGCUAGAGUCAAAAGUGGAGAUAUUUCUCAGAAAGAAGCUAUUGGUUACACCGAGGCAGAAAUGAGGGAACGGGCUUCUUGGGCUGUUGCCAUGAGUCGGCAGGCAUGUCUUGAUGCCCAUGACUUCAAGAGCUUAACCAAAGAUAGUGCCAUUCUUGCUAGAAGGAUUGCGAAAUCUUGAGAAGGUAACUAAAUAGCGGAUAAACUGAUUGUGGAUUUCAGGAAAAAACGUUAAUUGGUAAAUCCUUCCAAGGCUUGCCCGUUGUCGACUUAGAGCUCGAGACUGAACCUUCCGGUCUUACAAAGAAAUAGUAAAGUCGUGAGGCUCAAGCAGAAGUCUGCCUAAUGAACUGCCUUGAUGCGGAGUGCCCCCCUCACAGAAUGAACCAUCAAACCCCCUUCUCAGAGAAAGACCUAACACCAGCAUUCCUGAACAUAAAAUACAAAGCACGGCUCUCAUAAGCUUGAUGGUACUAUGAAUCUCAGGUCAAGAGACUUACAUUAGUCAAUCUACUUCGAAAGUCUCAGCAGCACAUCCUUCUGAUUUGGUUACUCAAG